AUGGAAAAAAGGAAGAAGGAGCCUAGAUUGGAAACAAGAACUGGAUGUAAAGCCCGAAUGGAUGUUAAGUUUGUACCAGAAAGUGGAAGGUGGCAUAUCUUUUAUUUCUCUGACCAACACAACCAUGAUCUAUUGGAUACACAAUUCAGUGCUAUGUUGCCUGCCCACAGAAAAAUGUCAGAGGCAGAUAUUAUGCAAAUGAUGAACAUGCUAAAGUCAGGGAUCAGCACCUCACAAAUAUUUGGUCUUCUAGCUAGUCAGGCAGGCGGGUACGAAUUUGUUGGCUAUGGUCCCAGAGAUAUGUACAAUGAGAUUGCUCGGCAAAGGCGUCAAAUUCCUGGAGAUGCAGCACGAGCAUGUCACGAUUCAAGAGGUUUGUUACGUAAUUUGUUCUGGUCUGAUGGGAUUAGCCAACUAGACUACCGACUCUUCGGGGAUGUUAUAGCUUUUGAUGCUACGUACAAGAAGAACAAGUAUAGUUGUCCAUUAGUAAUAUUCAGCGGGGUUAACCACCACAACCAAACAAUUGUUUUUGCUGCUGCGUUAAUUGCGGACGAAACUACUGAUACAUAUGUUUGGCUCCUGCGUCAGCUCAUGUUUGCAAUGAGGGGCAAGACCCAUGUAUUUCCCGAAGUCAGACAUAGAUUAUGCGCUUGGCACCUUAUUCGAAAUGCAACUAGCAAUGUUGGAAAUCCAUCGUUACAUCUAAAGUUUAAGCGUAAGUGGGAUCAGCUUAUUGAAGAAUUUGGCAUUGAGGAUAAGCCCUGGGUGAUCAACAUGUACGAAGAGAAGCAUAUGUGGGCUACUGCAUAUCUAAGAGGAAAAUUCUUUGCUGGCUUUAGAACUACAUCAAGAUGUGAAGGUUUACACUCAGUUGUGGGAAGGUAUGUGGGGUCGCGGUAUGAUUUGACAAGUUUUGUAGAGCAUUUUCAAAGGUGUGUAGCACACAUGCGCUUUAACGAAUUUAAUGCUGAUUAUGAAUCUACACGUGGGGUGCCCGUCAUGCAAACUUGUAUAGAGCUGCUAGAGAGAUAUGCUGCUGAGUUAUACACUCAUGAGAUAUUUCUUUUCUUUCGGCCAUUUCUCUCCAGAGCUGGAUCAAUGCGGGUUCUGAACAUAGAUAAUAACGAUGAUUGCAUAAAAUACAUUGUGUGUAAGCAUGGGAGGCCCGAUUUUACGUGGACCGUUGAUUUUCGUCAAGAAGAAAUGAUCUUCAUGUGUACCUGUUUACGAAUGGAGUCAUUUGGUAUUCCCUGCGAACAUAUUGUGAAAGUUCUGGUUGACAGAGACAUCCGUGAGAUUCCCCGGUCAUUGGUAUUGGAUAGAUGGACAAAAAAGGUUAAAUCAGCACUCAAUGAUCCAAGUGGGUUCACCAGGGAUGCUGUUGUUAUUAGUCGUCAAAGUGCUUUGGUGGAAUUUUCUAAACAACUGGCUGCUGUUGCUGCUAAAGUACCAGAGAGAUAUGAAGAGACACGUGAUUUAAUUAUGGGAUUGUACUCAUCUUACAAGGCUGCAGACGAAGGAGAUAAUCAACCUCACUCAGGUGUAGCUAGAAGUAGCAAUCCGUAUGUGCAUCCAACCACUGGAGGCUCAGGACAGCCAUCUAAGAAGAAGAAGCGGCAACGUUGUAGUGUUUGUCAAAUAGAAGGACAUAAGAAGACAACAUGUCCUUGGCAAAAGGACAUUGACAACAACGUUAUAGAAAAUGAAGCAAUCGGUUCGGACGAUGGAGACAUGUGUACCGAAGCGACGGCUGAGUUAGAUAGUGAUAGUUAG